AUGCGUGCGCGUGCUCGUACGGCGCGUGCGCGUGCCCCCUCCCGUCGUGUCCUCGGUAGCGCCAUCGGCGCUCCGGCUUCCCCUGCGGCAGGGACACGGCCGCCGUGCGCGGGCCACGAGCCACGUGCGGUCCGGGCCGGCGUCCGCGUGAGGCUCCGGGCCUGCUCCGGGCUCGCGGCGGCCCGCGGCGGGGGCGGACUGUUUCCGGCGGCGCGGGCGGGGCCUGUGCUCCGGUCAGCCGCGUGCGAGCCGCCCUCAGCCCGCCGGGCGCGCCCGGAACGUCGACGGCUGCCCCGGAAGUCCGCGCGCUCCGAGGCCGCGUCUACGCGCACUCCGGAUUCUCUCUCCCCUCGCAGGAGUCGGCGCGGCAGCCCUGGACUGGCGGGCGGCGCGGGGCCCUCCUUCCCCCCGAACACGCUGAGCGCGGCUGGAACCGAGAGCCUCGGGGUGAACAAUAAACGACGGGAAAACAGAAUGCGACCGCAUAGACCGGGCCGGUGGCUGCAGCGCUCAGGGCCGACCGAGGGCCCAGCGCCCGCCGGAGGAGCUGCCGGGUGGACCGUCGGUCGUCGCAUGAGCGCAGCGGGCGGCGGCCGUUCUGGAAAGUUCCGUCUCAGCCAGUCUGUGUCAGGAAGGAACAAAAUUACAGUCGUUUGUUCCCUCCGUGAAGGAGAAUCAGAGACCGGACCCAGCGUUUUCUCUGCGGUGUCCGUUCUCGUAGAGCUUUCAGUCGGGAAGACGCCGCAGGGAUCAGCCAGUUUCCUUUCUUUUCUUUUUUAACUUAUUUUUCACUUAUUUCCAGCACAACAGUAUUCAUUG